GUAUUCGUUCGGCUCUCCUCUCUUGCUCGAACACCUAGAUCUAUUUCUGGGGGGAAACAAAAUUGUUGCACCUGGGGGUGCAGUUAAUGGCAAGUCUAGUGUAGUGAGCAGUGCGAUUCAGUGUCGUUUGUGAACAUCUUUCUGUGUUGCGGUCCUAACUCUUGUGCCAAUGUUUCACUGCUGCACCUACCACAAAAAUAAAAAGUAAUACCAAUAUAAUUUCCAAAACUAUUGCGCCUAGGCAGAAAUGUGGAAGUAACCUCACAUCUUCUCCUAGUUCUACUUCUCUCUGGGUCUUCCAUUCUACUCAGAAUUACCCUCCUGAUUCUGCAACUCUUCAGCAGCUCGUUGUGAUUCUUUGGCCUGCGGAUCUGCAAAUACACAAUAUGUUAUAAUGGUGCCAUUUUGUUUUCAUGAGGCCUCUUACCUGGAGGGCGUGUGACUUCAAACGGCCCUGUCCACCUUCUUUCGUGAAGCUAGGACUUUCUCCUAGCUCUCUGUAGAGUCCGCAUGGGUCUCCUUGUCAACUCUCAUGGGGAGAGAAAUGUUCUCCCUCCUUUUGGAGGAUAUUUAGCCAUUUUAGAAUUAAUUGUUUAACUAGCUCUCUUGACUAGGUGAUAGACUGCUCUAUGUGAAUGUGUUCCAUCUAUAUAUAUUUCUUAACUUCUUGUCGGUGUUUGUUUGCACAAAAAUGUGUGUGUGUCAUUGUCAGACCUAAUUCUCCUUAGAACACCAUAUUUCAGUAUCAAUUCUCCUUCCUCCCUCCUUUUCUGAAGCAAAUCCAAUUGAUUCAGAAAUCUGAAGGAAGGGAUCGGUGUCGUCGGUCAUUGGCUGGUGCCACAUUUCUCCAUGGCUCCUGCAGGCAUGUGAUGCUAGUUGGGGACAUCCUCUCCACGUCGUCUUGUUCCAUAAGGUCGACUGUGGCAGUCCCUAACCCAGUGUCCAAGCUUCCCACAGUUAUGACAGUGAUGGACUCCUCCGUCGUGAGUACGUCCACUGUGGCCCCCGAUGAGUUCGAUAGGAACGUGCCGCGGAUCUGCGGCGUGUGCGGCGACAAAGCCACCGGCUUCCACUUCAAUGCCAUGACCUGCGAGGGCUGCAAGGGCUUUUUCAGGCGCAGUAUGAAGCGCAAGGCGGCCUUCACGUGCCCCUUUAACGGCACGUGCACCAUCACCAAGGACAACAGGCGCCACUGCCAGGCCUGCCGGCUCAAACGCUGCGUGGACAUUGGCAUGAUGAAAGAGUUCAUUCUGACAGAUGAGGAAGUGCAGAGGAAGAAGGACAUAAUUCAGCGGAGGAAGGAUGAGGAGGCGCAGCGUGAGGCGGAUAAGGAGGCGCGGCGGCCGCGGCUCAGCGACGACCAGAGUCAGGUGAUCGCCACGCUGGUGGAGGCGCACCACAAAACGUACGACGACUCCUACUCCGACUUCUGCCGCUUCAGGCCUCCUGUGCGCGAGGGCCCGGUGACGCGCAGCGCCAGCCGAGCCGCCUCGCUCCACUCGCUGUCUGAUGCCUCCUCCGACUCCUUCAGUCACUCUCCAGAGUCGGUAGACACCAAAAUGAACUUCAACAACCUGCUGAUGAUGUACCACGAGCAAGACAGCAGCCCCGACUCCAGCAAGGAGGAGGGCUCCAGCUUCUCCAUGCUGCCCCACUUGGCGGACCUGGUCUCCUACAGCAUCCAGAAGGUCAUCGGCUUUGCCAAGAUGAUCCCUGGGUUCAGGGAGCUGACUGCAGAGGACCAGAUCGCUCUGCUCAAGUCCAGCGCCAUUGAGGUGAUCAUGCUCCGCUCAAAUCAGAGCUUCAACCUGGAAGACAUGUCCUGGAGCUGUGGGGGGCCGGACUUUAAAUACCAGGUCAGCGACGUCACCAAAGCCGGCCACUCUCUGGAGCUGCUGGAGCCGCUGGUGAAGUUCCAGGUGGGCUUGAAGAAGCUCAACCUGCAGGAGGAGGAGCACGUGCUGCUGAUGGCCAUCUGCCUGCUGUCUCCAGACCGCCCAGGUGUGCAGGACCACGCCCGCAUCGAAGCCCUCCAAGACCAGCUGUCCGAGACCCUGCAGGCCUACAUCCAGCUGCACCACCCGGCGGGACGGCUGCUCUACGCCAAGAUGAUCCAGAAGCUGGCCGACCUGCGCAGCCUCAACGAGGAGCACUCCAAACAGUACCGCUCGCUCUCCUUCCAGCCGGAGCACAGCAUGCAGCUCACCCCGCUGGUGCUGGAGGUGUUCGGGAGCGAAGUCUCUUAGAACCUCUCAAGCUGGAGACGAGGCGCCCCGGAGGGGGAAGGGGGGUAAAGAUGGAGGCAGGGAGCUGAGGAUGUGCUGGAUGGACCGAGUGGAGGUGGUGGAAGAGAGAAAGUGCUGUGUGUGUGUGUGUGUGUGUGUGUGUGUGUGUGUGUUAGUUAGGUGUGUGGUUGGAUGUGUGUCUUGUCGAAAGAAGUCUAUCUUGGCAUAAAGACCACGGUUGUACGGAGAGCGAGCAGAUGCUGAGAGACGUAGUAAAUAAGAAAAGUUCAUAUAAUACAAAUUACACUACAUGCAUGCACACACACACACAUAUGCAUACAUACAAACAAACCAACAUUUCUACAACUUCUGCCUACAGUGUUUCUGUCUGUAUCUAAAUCAACAACCUGCUGCUUGAACACAUCAACAUACUCAGUUAUUCAGUGGAGCUACCUCUUUGUUUUACACCAUGUGGAACAGUAACUUUUACACACAACAACUUAGACUCAAUACGGAUGACUUCAUCGGCGCAGCAGCGCACACGAGUCACUCCAGACCUUUUUAUUCUGUUAGUCGCCUCUCACCAAGCAGCAGUGCGUACGACUCAAACGCACGCCGUCUACCUGUUCGCCAAACGUACGGUCCGCUACUCCUCUCAAAAACAAAGCUUCCAGUACCUAAAAAUAACCUUUGCUGCUUCACGGCCUGUUCUUCACCAACACAGGGCUUCACGCGCGGAAAGGACAGAACAGAGUCUGUGGGGGGGGGGGGGGCUGGUUUUGAGGUGACAAUUAGCCACUAAAUGCGUUAGCUACCUUUUUUUACACCGCUAACUGUCAAUCAAACCAAGCCUGCGUUGUGGCUUGUUGCUCUCUUUUUUAAAUUGUUUUUUUUUUCUUCAUUAGUCCUUUUUGUUUACUUAUAUUUAAUUACUAGCACAUGUAUCUUAAGCACUGUUAUCAGACCCUUUUACUCAACCCCACAUAUUGAUAUGCACCGUAUCUACAGUAUGUUAUCACACUUUUAAAGGGCUAAGAUGCCAAAUUCUAACUGGAAUAGUAACCCGAGGCCAAAGCAAGGGGCCUGUCUUGUAAUUAUAUAUUAUAUAUAGCUGCAUACCAUAAU